UGGGUUAAGAGGCUUCGUGUCAACAAAUCGAACUUCAAGAACUGCGCUCUCCGCUCCCGAAGCGCCCUCUGCACCGUUAAAUGCCCAGUUUCAUAUGGCGUUCUCUGCCUCUAUAGUCCUCCUAGAGAAUCCUCAGACUCAAGAGCCUUCUUUACCUCGGUGGCCCUGUUGCCAUCGCGCCAUAUACAAUUUUUGAUUAAAAGCUUACUGCCAAUUCCCCCUGUAUUCCCCGAUCAAAACAAUUAGCUCCGAAACCUUCGCUAUCCCUCGCCGCCAACAUGAAUAUCUUCAGGUUGUUAGCGGAUUUCUCCCAUCUGAUCUCCAUAUUGAUUCUUUUGCAAAAAAUGAAAUCAUCCAGCAGCUGCUCUGGAAUAUCGUUUAAAUCUCAAGCAUUAUAUCUUUUCGUCUAUAUUACGCGAUACUUAGAUCUUUUUUGGACCUUCACCGAUUCCGCCUAUAAUACCGUUUUUAAACUCCUAUUUAUCUCUUCCUCAGCCUAUACGCUAUAUCUCAUGGUCAACGACUACAAACCCACUCACGACCCAAACAUUGAUACGUUUAAAGUGCAAUACUUGUUAGGCGCAAGCGUUGUGCUCGGUGUAAUAUUCCCGCCAAGAUAUGAAUUUGCUGAGAUCCUCUGGGCAUUCUCAAUCUGGCUCGAAUCCGUAGCAAUUCUCCCACAACUCUUCAUGCUACAACGCACCGGGGAGGCGGAAACGAUCACGACACAUUACCUCUUCGCUUUGGGCAUUUACCGGGCGCUAUAUAUUCCCAACUGGAUAUAUCGAUAUUUCUCGGACGGCUUCUUCGAACCCAUUUCGGUGAUUGCUGGUGUUAUUCAGACUAUUCUCUACUCGGACUUCUUCUGGAUUUACUAUACCAAGGUUCUAAAGGGCAAGAAGUUUACGCUGCCAGUAUAAAAAAAAUAAGUAACAAGGUUUCACAAAAAUAGGGGCACUGCCAUUGUUAGGCGUGAGAGGGGAGAUCUAAGCUCUACAAACUUGUAUCAUCAAAAACAGUUCAUUGUUUUUCACUCUCUGUUCAGCUUUCUUUCUUUCUUUCUUUUCUUUUUCCCCAUUUGUAUCAUCUGGGAAACUCAUUUCUUUCUCCCCCAUCUUUUUAUAUUACUUCUAUAUACUGUUCUUUGCUUCCUUACCUUUUUUCUCUUCUUGACGACUUCAUUUGCAUCCACCCUAGAAGGGUUGGACGGCAACCCCCAUUUUGUUCUAUAUUUUUUACUUUAAUGACACUAAUGAUGGGUUUAUCUGACGCCAUUAUAUCGCAUUAAUAUCGCGGUCUGGGUAAUGACUAGGAAAAGAGAGCUAUAUGGGUUUAGGAGUUUUUUCCUUUUAGUUAACGGCUAAAAUCCCAAGCAGCUGUUCCUACUAUGCUCACGGCAUAAAUAAUUCAUCGCAGGAACAGACCUUUCUUUUGAACCAUUUCUUCAACAAAAUAAGCACAUCCGCCGGGCAAUGCUGCAAAAUUCUUUUAUUUUAUUCGUGAUUGAUAUAUACUAUACCCGUGAAUAGUCUGACUAAUCGUAGAAAGGGCUCCUUAUACAACACAGGAGAGGAAUGGAAAAAAGGGGGUGGCAAAAUAAAAGCAGGACGCAAAGUUUUUUUAGCCACACGGAAAAACACACAACA